AUGUCAAAGGGUCGUGUUUGUCUCGCCUACUCCGGAGGCUUGGACACUAGCACCAUCUUGAAGUAUCUUUGUCUUGAAGGAUAUACCGUUGUUGCCUGCGCCAUCGACGUCGGACAAGAAGAGAAUUGGGAUGAAGUGAAGGAGAAAGCCCUCGCCGUAGGCGCGGAGAGGAUGAUUGUCCGGGACUGCCAAAAGGAAUUCGUAGAGGAGAUUGUUUGGCGCGCCGUCCAGUGCAACGCAAUUUAUGAGGACCGAUACCUUCUUGGAACGAGUCUGGCUCGUCCUAUAUUGGCACGCGAGCUGGUUAAAGUCGCUAAGGAGUUCAACUGCGAGUACCUGAGCCACGGAUGCACUGGCAAAGGAAAUGACCAAGUCCGAUUUGAGCUUGCCUGGCAUGCGCUGGCACCCGGCAUCAAGAUCAUCGCUCCUUGGAGGGACUCCGCUUUUAUCGCCAAGUUCCAGGGCCGCGCAGAUCUCCUCGAGUACGCCAGGGUCAACAACAUCCCUGUUUCAUCCACCCCCAAGGCUCCUUGGAGCAUGGAUGAGAAUCUCGUACAUUGUUCAUACGAGGCUGGCAUACUGGAGGACCCCAACACAGCACCUCCCAAGAAGAUGUGGAAGAUGACCGUUGACCCCAUCGAUGCUCCUGACAAGCCAUACCACUUCUCUAUUGACUUCGAGAAGGGUAUCCCUGUCAAGGUUACAACUGAGGAUGGCACGGUGGCUACUGAGUCUGUUGAGUUGUACAAGUUGCUAAACAAAAUUGGCCAUGACGGAGGAAUUGGUAGGGUGGAUAUUGUUGAGAAUAGGUUCAUCGGUCUAAAGAGUCGAGGGUGUUACGACUCCCCCGCCCAGACAAUCCUACGUCUGGCUCACAUCGAUCUUGAGGGUCUCACUCUUGACUCCAAAGUUCGGGAACUCCGUGACACAUUUGUCACCACAGCAUGGAGUCGCCAACUCUACAAUGGCAUGUAUUUCUCUCCCGAGCGUGAAUUCACCGAAAAAUCCAUCGUUGCUGCCCAAGAUGGAGUUAACGGCACCGUCAAGUUGAUGGCCUAUAAGGGCAACGCCUACACUGUCGGCCGCAGCAGCGAGACCAGCAACCUCUACAGCGAGGAAGACGCCUCGAUGGAUUCGCUGGACACUUUCAGCCCGUUGGACACGACUGGGUUCAUCGCUAUCCAGGCCAUCCGACUGAAGAAGUACGGUGAGGCCAAGAUUGCUUCCGGCAAUUCUCUCAUUUAA